UUUUGAAACUUUUUAAUCACAAAUGAAUUAAUAAUAAGGAAAUGAAUACUAAUUCAUAGACUCUUCAAAUGCUCUCAACUUUUCACUCAAUACUAAUCCAAUGUAUUAUCCAUUGGUUGACAACACUAUGAAAAGCCAUUAAGUCUUGACUCAAGUUUCGGUGAUAAUCACAAGACAUACCAAAAAUGUUGCACUUCUUGUACACCAUAAUAGCAAACCUCACCAUCUGUGCCAUCAUUGGCUAUAAUGUGAUCCCAAUUGUGGUAUAUCUCUACCAAACAUAUGCGACCUCCAAGUCAGAGCCCAAACGACAGGCGCGACCACUGGAUCCCAAAUCCCCGUCCAGUCCGUGGGUUAAUGAACACCACUUCGCCACCGAUGAUGACAGUCAUAGCCAUCGCAAGCACCGGUCGAUUGUGGACCAGUGCUCGACUGUCACCCAACUGUUCCGGCGUAUAGUCGGACAAUACAAUCGUCGCAAAUGUCUGGGCUAUCGAUCCGUUUUGGCCGAAGAGGACGAGAGACAAGCGGACGGACAGGUGGUCCGCAAACGCCUGUUAAGCGACUAUCAGUGGUUGACGUACGAGGAGGUGGACAGUCGUAUGGAGUCAGUGGCCAACGGAUUGUCACAAAUUGGUGUUAAGAGCGGAGACAUUGUGAUGAUAUACGCGGACACAAGACUGGAAUGGAUGGUCACGUGUCAGGCGGUGUUCCGGUUGGGGGCGACUGUCGGCACACUUUACACCAAUUUGGGUGAUGAGGGCCUCCUAUACGCCAUCAGUCAGACACGAGUCACUCAUUUGGUCACAAGUCUGGAGUUUUUGGCAAAGUUGGCCAAAAUUGUCGAUAAAUUGCCUCAAAUUAAAUGCAUUAUAUAUAUGGGCGGAUCGGGCGAUGACCCGGUGCUGAGCCAACUGUUCAGUGAUAGCCAAAGACAACGAAUACUAUUUUAUUCAUACAAAGAGGUUGAGGGUAUGGGCGAUGAGGCGUCUGAAGAGCCGCUCCCGAGAGUGCAACAGAGCGGCAACGACACGGCUGUCCUCAUGUAUACGUCCGGAUCUACUGGUGAUCCCAAAGGAGUCUUAAUAUCUCAUAAGAAUCUGUUGUUUGCUGUGAAAGCCUUUUAUGCGUUCGCCGGCGCCCUCACCCCCGAUGCCGACCUGUACUGCGCUUUCCUGCCAUUAGCUCAUUGUCUUGAGAUCUGCGCCGAAAUCUCGUUUCUAUCGGUCGGAGUGCCCGUUGGCUAUGCCUCUGUCCUCACACUCACUGAUCGGUCGCCAGCCGUGAAGAAAGGACUCAAAGGAGACAUGAGUUUAUUGAGACCGACAGUCAUAGCCGCCGUUCCCCUCAUUUUGGACCGAAUUAUGAAAGGAGUGACCGAAGAGAUGGCAAAACGGCAUCCAUUGGUUCGCCUCUUAAUCAACGGUUUAUUGAAUUACAAGAACUUUUGGGUCACAAAUGGAUUCAAUACUCCAAUAAUUAAUUACUUGAUAUGCAAUCGGUUUAAGAGUCUAUUGGGCGGACGCAUCAGAUUCAUGGCCAGCGGUGGAGCGCCUCUCAGACCACAAACGCAUCGAUUUAUUAGCAAUUUAUUUAACGUCAAAGUAUUACAGGGCUAUGGUUUAACGGAAACGACAGCUUCGGCUACUAUUAUGACUCUGGAUGACCGAAGUGUGGGCCGAGUGGGUGCGCCCAUGGAUGGCGUGUACAUCAGAUUAGUUGACUGGACUGAAGGGGGUUACGGUAUAAAAGACCUGCCGUUACCCAGGGGAGAGCUAGUCAUCGGUGGUGAUUGUGUUACUAAUGGAUACUUCAGGAAUCGGAAGCUUACGGAUGAGUGCUUUAAAGUAGAGGACGGCAUGAAGUGGUUUUAUAGCGGAGACAUUGCGGAACGGUAUCCGGACGGCACCUUCAGGAUCAUUGAUAGGAAAAAGGAUAUCAUAAAGCUAUCAAAUGGGGAAUACGUCUCAUUAUCUCAGAUUGAAGAGAAACUUAAAUUAUUCUCAUAUGCGGCCAAUGUUUGCGUUUAUGGCAAUUCAUUUUACAACAACUUAAUUGCAUUAAUAGUUCCCAAUUGCCAACAAUUGGAGGCAUUGGCACAAAGUCUGUUAAAAUCUCCGCAAAUGAGUGGCAAAGAACUGUGCGAUGAUUUCGAUGUCAACGACAAAGUGUUUGAAGAGUUCAAAGAGUUUUGCAAUAAAUCGAGUUUAAGGAAAGUAGAGAUCCCCACAAAAGUGAUGUUAUGUCCCGAGGAAUGGCUUCCCGACAACGGUUUGGUCACCUCUUCGUUCAAAUUGAAACGCAAAGCAAUACAAGAACAUUGUACCUCUAAUAGAAAGCUAUAA